UCUAUCAAUUCAAUGGCUUCUUUUGGCAAAUACUGCUUCAUGUUGGCUUUCUCUGUUGCUCUAAGUUUUUCCAGCAUGGAGGUCGGCUUAGCUGCUCGUCAUCUUUUACAGAUACCAAAUUUGCCAAAUCUGCCGCAACCCACAAUCCCAAAUUUGCCUACAACACUGCCUCCAUUGCCUAGCAUCCCAAAUCUCCCACAACCCACAUUGCCAAACUUGCCAACAAUCCCAAAUCUACCGCAACCCACAUUGCCUACAACACUGCCUCCAUUGCCUAGCAUCCCAAAUCUGCCACAACCCACAAUGCCAAACUUGCCACAACCCUCAUUGCCAACAACAUUGCCUCCAUUGCCAAGCAUUCCCUCUAUCCCAACAAUCCCAACCACUAUUCCAUCUAUUCCAUUCCUGUCUCCACCACCCAGCAACAACUAGAAUGGCUCUUUGCUGCUGCCAGUUUGUUUAAUUGGACAUUUAUUGGUACAAUUUCUGUGUGUGAUAUAUAUGUAUGGAUUUUCAAUUUACAUUCUUGUCUCUAGAGACCACAUGGGUAUUGGGGUUUUCUAUUUUCAUUUGUUUUUUAUUUUCUUUUUUCUGUGAUAAUAAAAUAUGCUUUUAUGUACUCAGAAUUCUAUACGUACUUUCAGAUAUUUCAUGGAGUUACUUA